AGUUAGAUGCAACUGAAGGACGCAAUUGUAAACGCCGGAAGAGUAUUCGGGGAAACACAAUAUAGAAGGCUGUGAAAUUACUCCAUAUUUACAUUUGCAUGCAGCAAUAUACUAGUCGAACGCCAUUUUUUGUAUAUGUUGUUAUAUAUUAUUUGAAGAAAAGUAUUCGUAUUUAUAAAAUAAUUGGAAUUUUGUGGUCUAGUUCAUAAUCUGUUUUAUAACUUAUCGUAUGUGCGUUCAAACGAACUACAUUUUUAUUGCAAGUGGUAUUCAGACAUGCGCGAUGACACCAGUCUGAAGAUUGAAUAAGCAUCUUCAUAGAGACGACUUCCUGUCUUUUACUAGUUGUGGCUGAUGUAUUUUAUAUGUGUCAAAAAUGGUGGAAAUAAGGACAAAAUGGGAAAGAAGUAGAAUACUUUAUUCGGCAAAUCAUGACAGAGGCACAUGAAGAUGGCAACUACUUGGUUAGAGUGCGUGCCCAGGUGAUGAUGCGUGACGACAGCACGGGUGGAUGGGUCCCUAUGGGAGGUGGGGGCUUAUCCAACGUGUCUGUCUGCAAACAUGCUGUACCUUGUGAUCUUGGAGAGAACAAACACGAAUACCUUAUUUAUGGGAAGCGUAUUUCCGAUCAGUCAGUAGUCUUCAGUUGCACAAUCAAGAAAGAUUUCGAGUACAAUAAAGUAAUGCCUACAUUUCAUCACUGGAAAACUGGUGACAAAAAGUUUGGACUCACUUUCCAGACCGCAGCAGAUGCUCGGGCUUUUGAUAAAGGAGUUAGAACGGCUGUUGAGGAGUUACUUGAUGGUCUGUCUGAAUGCUCACCCCUUCACAAAUACAAUGCAGAUGUAGGAGACGAUGAUGUAUUUAUGACGCUGAAUCUGCCUGUGGAACGUGGAGAUUCACGUUCAUCAUCAGAUUCGUCGACAACACGCGGAGGAAGUCGUCAUGCAACGCCACCAACGGAACCCCACCAUCUACAUCGCAUACAUUAUGUGACCCGAAGAACUGCGGGAGGUCCGGCGUCUGGCACUCCCACUGACAGACAGUCACAGACUCCAGGUCUGCCAUUGGAGCCCUCAAGUCCACCACCAGUGACAGAACCAGCAACCAAGGAAAAUUACUCAUAUGUGCAGUUAACGGCUGUGCACGAGUAUAUCUAUCCUGUUGUGGAGGAACGGAAACACCGUGAUUCCUCUGGCAGCCUCAAGAAACGCAGCCCACCUGACGCCGGAGGUGGUGGUGCACCAGCCUCUCCACCGCCACCAAUUCCACCUCCAGGGGCUGUCAGCGGAAAAGGUCGUGGAACUAUUGGUGUAACUUCUGGUAGGCGUAGGCGUUGCCGUCACUGCCAAGAAAUGUAUUUGGAGGACCACAAUCCCCGUGGCAGCUGCGAGUAUGCACCCGAUUGUGUGCGUACUAGUAUUGAAAGAGUGGCAUGUGUUUCCUGUGCGCAGUGUCUCGUGUACCAUUGCGCAGCAGAUGCAGAAGGUGAAUUUGUACGGCAUCCUUGUGAUUGUGGUCGUGAUGAAGGCUGUGGACGGCGUUGGGUGGGCCUAGCUCUGCUGUCGCUGCUGGUUCCCUGCCUAUGGUGCUACCCUCCUCUCAGGGCUUGCCAUUUGUGCUGUGUAGCUUGUGGUUUGUGUGGUGGUCGUCAUCGACCGGCUUCCUAGCCCAGCCCACCCCCGCGCCUUCCAAAGGUGCUGUUGCCCUAAAGGGCUUUCAAGAGAUUGCAGAUUUGUGAGACUUCCUUCUCCUUGAAUCAGAAUGCCCAACUGGCUCACAGGGAAUUUUAGGGAAAACACCAGUAACCAGUGCCAUGCCACAGUUACUGAUGGCUUUUCAUUGGCAUCUUUGUUCAGUAGUCCAUAGGAUGUUGCCCCUCUUACAAGUAAAAAGUUGAGGUUCACAGUCCUCAGUGGCGGGCUCUGUAGACACAUAGGUGACACUGCUUUGUUUAAGGUACCCCUUGUGUAAUUGCCAGGAGUUGUGCGAUAGGUUAAUGUUAAUGUGAAGUUGCUAACAAGUGCCACAGAAGAAAUUGUUGUGUCAAAUAGGCUGAUCCCCAGAUACUGUGCAGCGACUUGCUUUGUUAUGGAAUUGUGUGUCAUUUCCAUUUUGCUGAAAUAUCUGUGUAUAGUUAUUGUGGCCUGAAGCUGCACAGUUAUGUUAAUCACUGAGUACAGGCAAGACAGUGUGGUGUGCCAAAGUGAGAAUGUUAAACAGUAUUUUCCAGUUACACGUACCGAUGAAAAUUUAUCCCACCGGACAGGUAUUAGUCAGCAACUGUCAGAUUUAUUGAAAGAUGCACUUGAUAUGGAAAUCGUUAAAAUAAUGUGAAUACCAUUGUACCAAGGGGAAGUUGUGAUGGGUUUGACUACAGUCUCCCACAAGAAUGUUGGUUUCACUCAUGGUAUUACCAAAGAAAAUGUAACUGCCACUAAUUUUUCUCGUAGUUUUGUAUACAAUUGAAACAAUUGCAGGAUAAAUAUUGGCCUAUUGGAUACAGAAUGUGGGUGCAGAAAUAUUUGUCAACAUGCUGCUAUAAAUCCACUUCUGUCACACAAAUUAUCCUGCAGUUGAAAUGGUGAAUGUUCUUUGUGUUAACUACUUUGAACAAAAGUAAUGGAGAUUGUGUUGAUUUUUAACCUGAAAUGGAGAAAAAUUCUAUUUGGUCUGUAUUGUCAUAAAAAAAAAACACUGCUCAUAUGACCUGGCUUGUCGUAGCAGCACUGUGAUUCAUCUCCCUCUUCAUUUGGUAUAACAGAGAAAAUAUAAUUUAUUUUAUGUGUGUGUUUUUUUUCUUCAUGUGGAAUUUUUGCAUAUGAAAGGAAAGUGAUUUCCUGUAUCCAGUAAAUUGUAUCGUCGUCAUCCAGCACAUAUAUUUUGAAGUGCCAGUCUCUCUCUCGCCCCCCCUAUUAUCUUGCUCCCCAGUUCCUGCAAUCUCCUCUGUCCCUGCAAUGCAAUCUCCUCUGUCCCUGCAAUCUCCCCUCCCGCCUUUCUCGUCUCUCCUCCCACUGUGGCUGUCUGCUGCCCCUCCUCGCCCAUUACUAUCUCCUGCCCCUAUCCUCCUCCUCAACUCUCUUCCACAUCAUUUCUCGCCCCUCUUUUCCCACUUCCUCUUCCCAUUCCCCUGUCUCAUGCUGUCAUCCAUUUCCUCUCCAGCUCUGACUUCGUGCCAUCCCAUCUAUGCCAUUCCUCUCUUCCAUUUCGUUCCCUUAUAUCACUUCCCAACUCCUUUUCACUUCCCAACUCCUUUUCACUUCCCAACUCCUUUUCACUUCCCAACUCCUUUUCACUUCCCAACUCCUUUUCACUUCCCAACUCCUUUUCACUUCCCAACUCCUUUUCACUUCCCAACUCCUUUUCACUUCCCAACUCCUUUUCACUUCCCAACUCCUUUUCACUUCCCAACUCCUUUUCACUUCCCAACUCCUUUCUUUCCACUUAAUUUUCCCCUCCUCUCCAGUUCCUCACCUGCUCCCAGUCUAUCUCCACCAUAGUCCCAAACUCACUCCUUCUGCCUAAGUAUAUACCCUCCUCAUUCCAACUACACCAUCGUGCUUCCCACUGUGCCUUCUCCACAAUAGGUAAUGCAAAGGAGGCUCUGUCACCAACCUGCUCAUAUGACCUGGCUUGUCGUAACAGCACUGUGGUAAGACAGCAACUUCCUUAAGGGAGCUGUGGAGGAGUGACGAAAGAACACUGUCUGCUUGCCCAUAUUAUCAUAAGCAUGUGUUUCAAAAGUGGCCAAGCAAACGCUAAUGCUCGUGUGUACCAAGCUUCCUCCAAAUGGCCUAACUAGUGCCAGAAUAAUUGAUACCAUUUAAUUUCUCAUUAGACUUAGAAAGGCACAUGGAUUGUUGAACUAUGUAUUGACAGAUUUUUUGGGGAUUUUAACAGCAAGAUAGUAGCAAAAUUAAGUGUGUAUAAAUAUUGUAUGUGAAAGGGAGAAGAAAGAAAAAGUAAAUUGUGUAGAAGUUUUUCCCUCUGAUGAAAGGCAGUUACUGACUGACAGAAAUUUUGCCACAUACUAGUACCAGUUCUGAAAGAAAUCAAAAGUAUUAUCAGAGUACAUUGUUCUGUGAAAAUAUGACAGUUAAUUUUGAAGUAGUGUUUCCUGGAAGGAACUAUUAUUGUAUAUUGAUUAGGCACUCUGAAUAAUCAUUGGAGUUAAUAGCAGUUUAAUUAUUGUACAGGAUCAUUGGCUUACCACUUGUUUUACUACAAAAUAUUCUGAAUUGUUUCCUUAUGUGGGAAUAUUUGACGUAAAAAAAUUUUUCAAACCUUAAUAGGUGAUGACAAUAUUGUGGCAGCAUAGAGAUGACAGUUCACUUUGCAAAGGUAAGUUUUUCAACUUAGGCAGGCAAUAUUUGCUGUUUCACGAAGAAUUUGUAUGAAUUGAUGUUAAUUAUUUUGUAUUGACAUUUAAAUUAAUAGUUUGAGUUGCUGCAUUUCUAUUUAUUUCAUUCAGCUUUUGCGACACGAGCUACUUUAAAUUGAAAUUCUGUUAUCUGUCGAAACAUGUUUAUGAGAAAGUAAUUUGUUUGUGGGACACAAAAAAUGAUUUCAAGGUGCAGCUGACCAAACGUGGUGAAGUCUAUUUAUGUAUACUGAAAUGAAGUACACCAGAGAUUGGUGUAUUAAGUGCUGUUUUAUAUAAUCUGGUCAAUUGUUGAAAGGUUUGUAGUAAAUGCUGGUUACUUUGUUAAUUCUCUCUCUCUCUCUCUCGUGCGUGUUUAAAUUAGUGAAAGAUGUUAAUAACUGAGCAGUUUUAGUGCUUAUUCUCUGAAUGUUUAUGUUGUUGAGUCUCCUUUCUUUCAGCACAUUGUACUUUGUGUACUGUUUUUUGAAUUUCUGGGACCUCUAGCAUCUUUUUGAUACCUUGUAUUAAUCUUUUACGUUUUUCUUCAGUAAUUCUGUUUACUCUCAUUGUUAUCUUGUUAUAUUUGUUUGGUGUUGCUUAGUUUUUAUCUGAAUUUUAGUUUUGAAAAAUUUAUUUAUUUAGUAUUUGUAUAACUUUUCUUUAUUGAUGACAGUGAUGUGUGCAGUGACAAUCAGAACUAUUAUAUCUGCGUUUUUUGGGGGAGGGGGAUAUGGCAGUAAUUAAUUGAGGACAACACGUUUUUCAUUAAACAUCUCAACAUCACAACCUCUUUCAGCGUCAUAUAACUAUUCUUGUAUAUGGUGAAGUAUGCGUAACCAUUUCUUGAAAUGACGAUUUGUUAAUCAAUAAUAUCAUUUUGUUACGGAGAACUAAAGAAUUGGUUGGAAGUAUUAUUUUGCAUUGUGGUGUGUCUGUAACACUUCUUAAAAUGUCAGUAUCAGUGUCUUAAUGUAUGAUCUUAUUAUCUUUGCAGUUUGCAUCAUCUGCAUUCAGUAUUAUUCUUACGAAAUCCAUUCUGCUAGCUCUGCUUUCAGCUUUGAUGAAUAGUUGUUUAGAUGUUCCUUCAUAGUUACUUGACGUUGGGCUGGGAAAAAAAUGUGUACAUGAGCCCACUCUGUUCUGUAAUUCCUCCUAUUAUGUUAGUUUUUACCCACAUUUGCCCAUCAAGUUUCUUAAAUGUGUGGGCAUUAGUACUCCUUUUACUUAAAGUAAAAUUUGGAGUACCUACUUGCAUUGAAGUGGAACAGAACACUCAUUUUUUCAACACUAGUAAAUAAUGAAUAAUCCAUACUUUAGUUUUCAAGGAAAGUGUACAAAAUAUUAGAAGAGAUGGUCAUGAGGCAGUCUCCUUGGAAUUCACAAAAAAAUUACUUGAGUGGUGUAACGUACUUUCACGCUCUUUUGUGUGGUGCAUGACUCCCGAUAAUUGAAAUUGUAGUAUUAUUCAGCGUAACUGGAUUAAAUCAAUUAGUUGUCAAGUGUGUCACUUUUUGGUUUAUUUAAACAGCUUAAACAUUAUAUUUGACUUAAUGUGCAGUGCAACAAAAUAUCCAACUCUUUUGACAGUUAAAUAAUAACCUUGUUUGGAAGUUUGUUUCCCUUCCUUUUAUUUUGAGUUUUGUGAUGACUGAGUAGCAGCAGUCAAAAUUACGAAUUAGUGUAACAAAAAUAAUUAUUACAAAUGCAGGAAAAAUCUUUUUCUCUUCAUAUAAAUGCACAGGAUAAUGUUACUUCAAAUACUUAAAUAGGACUGUAGAAGACUGUGGAAAAGUUUAGAAAUGACAUACAUUAGAAGUCUUGCAAAUAUUGUUGAAAAGGAAGUGCUAAAUUACUAAAGUACAGAAGAAAGAAAAUGACUCACAGGAGGUUAAGAACAAUUACCACCACCAGUUUAAGUUCCAGAAAUGGAUAGCUGGAAAUUUUUUCUAAAUUUAAAAGAAAAAUUAGAUAAAGCUUUAAUAGAUCUUAAAUUAGAGGGUGUGUGUGUGUGUGUGUGUGUGUGUGUGUGUGUGUGUGUGUGUGUGUGUGCGCG